GUUUAUUUCCGAUGGCUGUUCUUUCAUUUUCAGGUUAAAAAGCGAUUGUGAUUCUGAAGGGAAAGCUAACAAAACAUUGGUCGAGUUACGUCACAACGUAAUCAAAUCGUCACGUUUCAAGCCAAACGCCGUCAUCAGCGGACGCACCACUUCCGCUCAAACCGCGCGUGACGUCAUCCGAGCGCGACCAUGACCGGCAGGUGGCGGACGACGUUGGCGACCUUGUCGUUCGGAGCGGCCCUCGGCGCCUCGGCGGGCCACUUUUGGAGGCUUUCGGGCGGCCGGGAGGAGCAGCCGACCGUCGGUCUUCUGGGCCGGCUUCCCGUGGUGCCGGCGGUUCCGGUUCCGAACGUCCACGCCGCCUCCGAACUGACGUUGAGCCAGCCUCCCGGGGGCGCUGUGAUGAAAUACGGCUUCCCGUCGCUGUCCAACAUUCGCACCAGAGAAUCCUACGUGAGCUCGUACGACCCCCGGACCAGGACGCCCGCGUGGGUCAUCGAGAGGCUCGGCGGCGACACGCUCGGCGGGAACGCUGACAGGAAGCGCUGCGACUUCAAGGAGGACGACAGCGUGCACAUUUUCCACCGCGCCACCAACGCAGACUACAAGGGGAGCGGCCUGGAUAGAGGUCACAUGGCGGCGGCGGCCAAUCACAAGUGGAGCCAGAAGGCCAUGGACGACACCUUCUACCUGACCAACGUCGCCCCCCAGAACCCUCACAUGAACCAGAACGCGUGGAACAAUCUGGAGAAGUUGUGUCGCUCGCUCACCAGGCACUACGCCAACGUCUACGUGUGCACCGGCCCGCUCUACCUGCCCAGGAAGCAGAUGGCAAGCUUUACGUCCGCUAUCAAGUUUUGGGUCGGAACCACGUCGCCGUGCCGACGCACUUCUUCAAGGUCAGCGUGCGUCAAAUCGUCACGUGAGGAAAGAGCCGACGACGGCGAGCGGGUUUCCCAUCGUUCAUCCUUCGCAACAACGUCAUUUCUCGUGUCUUGGUCCUGGAGCGCGACGGCGCGCGGUCUGGCGUGGAGCUGCGUUCGUACAUUCUUCCCAACCAGCCCGUGGAUGACAAGAUCCCUCUGGAGCGCUUCCUGGUUCCUAUAGAAACCAUCGAGAGGGCGUCGGGGCUCCUCUUCCUACCGAACAUCGUCAGGAUGAGCGGCGGGGCCGUCGGACGCUGUGGUGAACAAAACUGACAGGACAAAUGUGGACUUUGCCCGUCUUCAUUCGGGGCUAAUGACAUCAUCAACUAUUUGACACAUGAAAUAAACGGAAAGCACGCA